GAUGCGCGCAUAGGCUACAUAAGUGGUGGGCUUUGCACUCUGUGAAGGCAAGUGUAUCACCAUGAUCAACCUUAUAUGGGGAGGAUCUUCAACCUGCUUGGCUGCAUAAAUCAUAAUCAAGAUGAAGACGUGAUCAUAGCGCAUUCGGCAUCGUUCGAGGCAUCAGUAUACCAUUAAGUUCUGACGCGCACGAUAGAACCGUGGACUCCGGGCAAGGCUACAGAGGUGGUACACUGCUAGGCGGGGGCUGGAGGCGAAAACAGACAUAUUUUAAUGGUAUUAAUAAAACUGAUCACAAUGAAGCGCAGAAGGAUAGUGGUUGCGGCAGGCUUCUGUCUUGCCUUCUUCCUUGGUACACUGAUGAAUUUGCUGUAUAUACCAGGGUUUGAGCACCAUCAGAACCACGACCAUAGAGUACAUCGGUACUACCACGAAAAACAGCAGCAGGUUACAGGCGAUUCGCAGCUUCAAGUCGGCGAGUCAGUCACUGAAGCUGUGGCCGAGUCCAAUAGUAAACCUGCCGUAGGAAGCAGGCAUCAUCAGGACCUUCUGCUGCAGAUACGAGAAAGAUUCAAUGAGGUUGUGCGGUACCGUCAGCGCCAAGCACAUGGGUCUGGCACCGGAGACCCAGUCCGCCAGCUGGAGAGACGGAGGCUCAUGGAUUCAGAGCCAGGGGACAAUUGGGACCCUAUCAAAGUAAUUGAGCGAACCGAAAACCGACAAACGCAUUUUCAAAAUCGACUUUCACCUUCCAUAUACAUGCACACAGCAUCACGGAAAGAUUUCACUAUGACUUUGAGCAGCGUUAACGGUACUCCGAUGCUUGGCUGCAAUAGCAUAGACAACGUGACCAAUGUUCAGUACCUCGGCUCAGGCUACACAAAGGCUGUCUACAAGGCGUCUCUCAACAACAGCUUGUCCGUGGCUCUGAAAUCGGUGGAUUUCGGGGGACACGAUAUGGAAAAUUGCGUAAAGAAAUAUGGUUCACCUGGAGACUGCUACAGACUGGCGUCCUUCAAAAUAGUGAAAGAAAUGACGCUUAUGGAAAGGCUACAGCACCCCAACAUUCUGAAGUUGUACGGCUACUGCUACCAAGACAGCAAUGACAUCCAGGACACGGUGACAGCCAUCACAGAGCUGGGAAGUCCUCUGGAGAUGAUCCAACUACUGCAGACCUCCUGGGAGGAACGCUUCAGGAUCUGUCUGAGUCUAGUGCGUCUGCUCCACUACCUGGCCCACUCCCCUCUGGGCUCUGUCACCCUGCUGGACUUCAGGCCUCGCCAAUUUGUCCUGGUGGCGGGGGAGCUCAAAGUCACAGACCUGGAUGACGCCAGCACAGAGGAGGCCCCCUGCUCCCCCUCCGACUGCGUCAUGGAGUUUCCCGCCCGCAACUUCACCCUCCCCUGCAGCAGAGGGCGCUGCUUGGGCAUCAACGAGAAGCGCAACCUCUACAACGCCUACAGGUUCUUCUUUACAUACUUGCUGCCUCACAGUGCCCCACCCACUCUAAGACCCCUACUGGACAAGAUAGUCAACGCCACAGGAGAGCUGAUAUGGGGGAUAGAUGAGACGCUGCUUCAGUUGGAGAAAGUAUUGCACCUGUACAGAAAUGGAUUUUACCUGCAGAACAGCACACAGACACACAUAACAGACUAUAAGCAUGUGGUGGAUGCCUCUAUUCCUGAGGAGAACUACCGCUGCUGGCCAUCCUAUCAGCACGAUGGAUGUCUGCUAUCAGUCUUCAGCAUCACAGAGGCUAUUGGUGUGUGUGAGCGCCAUGCCCAGUGCCAAGCAUUUGUAGUGACCAAUCAGACCACCUGGACAGGUCACCAACUUGUAUUCUUCAAGACGGGCACUGCCAGUCUGAGCUCUGCCAAGGGACGGGUCACCUACGUCAGAGUGGGCAGCUGAAUCAAUGGAGGGGGAGGAGACUUAACUGCCAAACCUCGCUCUGAUUGGCUAACCUGCUCCUGGGGCAUGCCCUCACAGCUUAGUGAGUCACCCCAUUGGAUGGGUCAGACAGAGGGAGUUGAAGAUGGAUCCUAGACAACACCCUCCAUGGGGCAUAGAGAAGCCCAAACCAGCUCACACUGAAGUGCAAUAAUAUAACUUGUAGAACAAUUUUACAAUAUUGCUCUUCAUAUGAUUCUCAGAAGGAAAAUGCUGGGUUGUGCAAGGCUAUAGCUCAGGGUAUAGUGUGGUUACCCUCCUAGCUAAGAAGGGUGACAGUGAACGCCUGAGAUUUCCCUCACUACAUUGUCAAAAGUAUGUGGACAACUGCUCAUCAAAAUCAUUGGUAUUAAUAUGGAGUUGGUCCCCCCUUUGCUGCUAUAACAGCUGGGAAGGCUUUCCACUAGAUGUUGGAACAUUGCUGCGUAGACUUGCUUCCAUUCAGCCACAAAAGUAUUAGUGAGGUCGGGCACAGAUGUUGGGCUAUUAGUCCUGGCUAGAAGCAUCCCAAAGAUGUUAGAUGGGGUUGAGGUCAGGGCUCUGUGCAGGCCAAUCAAGUUCUUCCACACCAAUCUCGACAAACCAUUUCUGUAUGGACCACGCUUUGUGCACAGAGGCAUUGUCAUGCUGAAACAGGAAAGGGCCUUCCCCAAACUUUUGCCACAAAGUUGGAAGCACAGAAUCGUCUACAAUGUCAUUCAUUGUAUGCUGCAGUGUUACGAUUUCCAAUCACUGGAACUAAAGUACACUACACGUCUUUCAAAGUCCUAACAUCACUAAACCUCUCACAUUAAACAACCAUCUUUCCUGUAGUUCUCUUUUUGUCUUGCCAACGUAGUGGUGCGCACACAAAAUGAUGUGGCACAGAUGUGGGUCACACACUAUAAGAUUCUUCACUUGGUCUUGAGGAUUAUCAAUGCCACAUUGUCUCGCGAAAACAAUGAUGUGAGGAUGUGAUUAGAUUUAAUGUGGCUACAACGAGCUGUGGCUCAAAGCAGCAUCAAGUCUUUUCACGCUUGCCAUACAGAGUUGAAAUAUCUAGCCAACAUUUUGAAUGUAAUAACAUUGCUCUAGAACUUCACAGCUGUAACAAUUUGAGUCUUUUGAUUAAAGGCAAGUACAAAUGCAUAGUAGUAGUAUUCAUCACACCUUCUCGAGAGUCUACACAUUCUGAGUGAUGCGAAACAACGACAUCAUCUCACUGGCUUCUUCUUUGGCGAGCUCUCGUUGGUUAUUGCUCAUCACCGUUCUCAAAACAUUUCAUUGCACAUCUCACACAACAAGAGCAUUUCAGAUUUUGUGCCGAUAAAAUCAAACAUGUUUGAAAAUAUGGGGACGUCUGGGACUGCUCAAAGACGAGAUCAGUAGCCCUCAAAUUGCAUCUCUGACCCGUUCAUAUUAAACGAGCGUCGCCCCUUUGUAGGGAUGAGGAUUUUGUCUCCGAUCUCAACAACUUGUCUGGGAUAGCUAAAUCGGUGUACAUCUGGCUUAUGGGGCCAAGCCCGAACCAUGAAAAACAACCCCAGACCAUUAUUCCUUAUCCACCAAACUUUACAGUUGGCACUAUGCAUUCGGGCAGGUAGCGUUCUCCUGGCAUAUACCUAACUCAGAUUCGUCCAUCGGACUGCCAGAUGGUGUAGCGUGAUUCAUCACUCCAGAAUGUGUUUCCACUGCUCCAGAGUCCAAUGGCGGCGAGCUUUACACCACUCCAGCUGAUGCUUGACAUUGGGCAUGGUGAUCUUAGGCAUGCGUAUUGCUGCUCUGCCAUGGAAACCCAUUUCAUGAAGCUCCCAAUGUUGGAACUCGGUAGUGAGUGUUGCAACCGAGGACAACAUUUUUAUGCUCUAUGCGUAUACUCUUCAGCACUCGGCGUUCCCAUUCUGUGAGCUUGUGUGGCCUACCACUUCGUGGCUGAGCUGUUGGUGUUCCUAGACGUUUCUAAUUCACAAUAACAGCACUUACAGUUGACCAGGGCAGCUCUAGCAGGACAGAAAUUUGAUAAACUGACUUGAUGAAAAGAUGGCAUCCUAUGACGGUGCCACGUUGAAAGUCACUGAACUCUUCAGUACGGGCCAUUAUACUGUGAAUGUUUGUCUAUGGAGAUUGCAUGGCUGUGUGCUCGAUUUUAUACACCUGUCGGCAAUGGGUGUGGCUGAAAUAGCCGACUACACUCAUUUGAAGGCUGUCCACAUACUUUUUUACCUUCCCAUGGAGUCUGGUCAAAAUGAUCUCCUUAUGGUACUGUAGCAUGUUUUAUCAUUGUCUGUGACGGUUUCAAGCCUACGUCUAUACAAACCUUCAGCCAACCAUCGAACACUAGGAAAGGUAUCCACCGAGACAAACAUAUUCCAAAAAUAAGGGGUUUACCCCAAGAAAAAUGUUUAAAUAGUACGUCUUCAUACAAUGUUCAGGCUUUUGUCCAGAUUGAAACAAAGGUAUUGGCAAAGGACUGUUGUUUCAGCCUCAGCCCUUAUUUUCAGAUUCUCUAAUGCGGAGUGUUACUCAGACUUUCUCCCUCCUCCCUUAUCCCCUCACCUGUCUCUCUUUCUCUGUUUCCUUUCCCUCCCCCAGUCUUGUAUUAGACCCACAGCACUUUCUCUUUUCAAACAGGGUUUCUCUAUGCUUUCAAUAAGCAUCUCAGAAAGUGUGAUUGAUUCCAAAUCUUAGUGAAUGAAGAAUCUGCACUUAUAACACAGAUGAUUGUUACAUCUGAGUUAUCAGAUAAUAAAAUAUAAUUUUUCAAUCCAAUGUCGAUGGAAAUGAAGAAACUGUUUUGAUAUCGACAAAUCAAGGACUCAUUUGGAAUAUUGUGUCAUUGUUGAUUUUGCAUGUUGACCAAAUGUAAUGUAGUGUAGAGACCUCCUUGAGAGGGUACAUUUUUAUGGUGUAUUUAUUGCGAGUGUGUGCCACUCCUGGGUCGUAUUCAUUAGGUACCAAACAGAAGAAAAUGGACUAAAACAGGGAGGACAUACCCAAACUUGUCCAAUAAAAACUCAUCUUUGUUUUACAUUGCAGGAACUUUGCUACGAUUUGCUCUAAUGAAUAUGACCCUGGGUUUAGAGCGAACAAAGCAGGACGUAAUCUCGCUCUAUUCUAAUUUCCUAAGGAAAUGUGACAUGAACCUUUAGAUAAUUCAAAAGACAUCAAAGAGACAUUGCUUUCAGUGAAAGCACUCCUUGUGAAAAGAAUGAAUCAAAAGUGAAUUCUACAAAAGCAUUAACACUUUGUGUACAUUGGUCAUUGUUACUUUUUGAUGAUAAUGAUGAGAUGGCUAUUUUUAUAUGAAAAAAAUUAAAACCUUGUGGCAAGUGA